AUGGACUUCGGCGAAUACUUGACGGACAUAGAGACUGCAGAUGCAGUGUCAUCUCACAAUGGUGGUAUGCUUAUUAUUGUCACUGGACCAUUAACCACGGUUGAUGACGUUUGCCAAAACUUUAUGCAGUCGUUGUUCCUUGCACCACAAGAAAGUGGUGGCUAUUUUGUCCUCAAUGACAUAUUUAGAAUUAUGUCGAAAACGUCACGACUUGUGAUAGAUAGUCAAGAAAAUGAGAUCAAGAUUAAUGUCGGAUCUGUUGUUGAAUCAAGAGAGGCAGAGAGCGUGAAGACGGGCGAUGUAGCAGUGGAGAAUAAGGUUGGAGACUUAGAAGAUAUAAACCCCUCUGCUAAUGGCACAACAUAUGAAAAUUAUGAUGACACCGAGCCAUCACUCACUAUGACCAAAGAGGAUCUAGAAGGGAUUCAUGAUGCUUUUCCUCCUCCACCUCAACCUCGAAAGGAUGCUACUAGCAGCUCUUACGCAUCAAUCAUGACUUCCCUGUUUUCCCGUCUACUUAAUGUGAGGGGUUAA